UGGAAGAGCUGACCUUGGAGCAGAGCAUUGCCGAGUAUCUGAAAGAUGUCAACGACCCUCGCUGCUGCUCGGAGACCUUGGGGAUGACCUGCACCCACUAGCAUGCCUGGAUGGUUCAAAAAGGCGUGGUAUGGGCUGGCGUCUUUACUCAGCUUCUCCUCCUUCAUCCUGAUCAUCGUUGCCCUGGUAGUGCCCCACUGGCUGAGUGGGAAAAUCCUUUGUCAGACUGGAGUGGAUCUGGUCAACGCCACAGACAGAGAGCUGGUCAAGUUUAUUGGGGACAUUUACUACGGGCUCUUCCGAGGGUGUAAGGUGCGGCAGUGUGGGCUUGGGAGCCGCCAGUCUCAAUUCACGAUCUUCCCACACCUGGUGAAAGAGCUCAACGCAGGCCUUCAUGUGAUGAUUCUGCUGCUCCUCUUCCUGGCCUUGGCCCUGGCUCUGGUCAGCAUGGGCUUUGCCAUUCUCAACAUGAUCCAGGUCCCAUACCAGGCAGUCAACGGUCCUGGGGGUAUCUGCCUAUGGAAUGUUCUGGCAGGUGGAGUCGUGGCAUUAGCCAUAGCCAGCUUCAUGGCUGCGGUGAAAUUUCAUGACCUGACAGAACGAAUCGCCAACUUUCAGGAGAAGCUCUUCCAGUUUGUGGUGCUGGAAGAACAGUAUGAAGAGUCGUUUUGGAUCUGCGUGGCCAGCGCGUUGGCCCACGCCGCAAACUUGGUCGUGGUGGCGAUCAGUCAUAUUCCCCUCCCUGAGAUUAAGACCAAGAUCGAAGAGGCCACUGUCACGGCUGAGGAUAUCUUGUAUUAAUAGCCUUCCCCUGUUCACACCC